CUCUCCUUCUUCCCUUUCACAAAGAUCAAUCGUUUCCACAAAAAAUGACUGCAGAAGUAGCAAACGGUGUCGUACCCACUUUGCCCAACUCUAGCGGCGAUCUGAAGCAGCAGCAAAACCCUAACGCCACCUCCUCAACUGUUGUCAAGAAAUCUCGUGAGAGCGAACGUCGCCGGCGCCGGCGGAAGCAGAAGAAGAUUAAUAAGGCUUCAAAGGCGCGGAAAGCUGGAGACACCGCCAAUGGGGACGACAGCGAUGCCGACGCUGAUGAUGUGGAUGGAGACACUUCCAGAGAAAAUGUUGAUCCCCUAAAGGCCAUAGAGCAAGUUGAAGUGGAAUAUGUACCAGAAAAAGCUGAUUUUGAUGUUGAGUUGGAUGAGGAUUUGAAAAGGGUGUUUGAAAAGUUUAGCUUCAAGGAUAAUAUUGACACUGAGGAGAAUGAUAAAAAGGAUGAGGCUGCUGAUAACGCAAUAUCUAACAAGAAGGCAGACUCAGACUCUGAAGAGGAAGAGCAGGAUACUCGUCAGAAGGAUAAAGGUGGUCUGUCAAACAAGAAGAAAAAGAUUCAGCGGAGGAUGAAAAUUGCUGAACUGAAGCAAAUAAGUUCGAGGCCUGAUGUUGUUGAGGUAUGGGAUGCAACUUCUGCUGACCCAAGGUUAUUGGUAUACCUGAAAUCUUAUCGAAAUACUGUUCCAGUACCAAGGCAUUGGUGUCAGAAGCGGAAAUUUUUACAGGGAAAACGUGGUAUAGAGAAACAACCUUUCCAACUGCCUGAUUUCAUUGCUGCUACUGGAAUUGAGAAAAUUAGACAGGCAUACAUUGAGAAGGAGGAUAGUAAGAAGCUUAAACAGAAGCAACGUGAAAGGAUGCAACCAAAAAUGGGGAAAAUGGAUAUUGAUUACCAGGUUCUACAUGAUGCAUUUUUCAAAUAUCAAACUAAACCAAAGCUUUCAUCAGUUGGUGAGCUAUAUCAUGAAGGGAAAGAAUUUGAGGUUAAGCUGCGAGAGAUGAAGCCAGGAAUGUUCUCCCAGGAGCUCAAAGAAUCUCUUGGUAUGCCAGAAGGUGCACCUCCACCAUGGCUGAUAAACAUGCAGAGAUAUGGUCCUCCACCAUCAUAUCCUCAGUUGAAAAUCCCUGGGCUUAAUGCACCUAUUCCUCCCGGAGCUAGUUUUGGUUACCACCCAGGAGGUUGGGGAAAACCGCCUGUCGAUGAAUAUGGCCGACCAUUAUAUGGAGAUGUAUUUGGUGUCCAGCAAACGGAACAACCUAACUAUGAGGAUGAACCUAUUGAUAAAUCCAAGCAUUGGGGUGAUCUUGAGGAAGAGGAAGAAGAAGAAGAAGAGGAGGAAGUCGAAGAAGAGAUGGACGAAGAGGAGUUGGAAGAUGGCAUCCAAUCAGUUGACAGUCAUUCCAGUACGCCAACUGGGGUUGAAACUCCCGAUGUUAUUGAUCUUCGGAAGCAGCAGAGAAAGGAGCCAGAGAAGCCUCUUUACCAAGUUCUUGAAGAAAAAGAAUCAGCAGUUGCCCCUGGGACAUUACUUGGAACUUCUCAUACGUAUGUCAUUGGUAGUGGAGCUCAAGAUAAAGCAGCUGCUAAAAGGGUGGAUCUUUUGAAAGGACAAAAAUCUGAUAGAGUUGAUGUUACCUUACUCCCGGAGGAGCUGGAAGCCAUGGAAAAUGUGUUGCCUGCUAAGUAUGAGGAAGCCCGUGAAGAGGAAAAGUUGCGGAGUCAGCGUGAGGAUUUCAGUGACAUGGUUGCCGAGAAUGAAAAGAAGAGAAAGAGGAAGAUGCAUGAAAAGGACGGAAAAUCAAAGAAAAAAGACUUCAAAUUCUAGGAAUAGUGUCGAGCUUUUAUUGUUUGGUAACUCUUCUCUGCAAGAAGUUUUUACAAAUUGUACCCCUUUAAAACUGGACCUAGAGUUUCAAUUUUCUAAGUGCCCAUUUUGGAUUAGUGAUGACGAUAUGAAAGAUUUAAACACUUGUGGUAUGAAGAUGGUAUUUUUGUUCGAAUCUUCAAUGGUAUUGUGGAGUUAAAACUC